AAAAACAAGACGAUGGAAGCUCUCUGAGCCGUACGGUGCUUUUAAGUUUUCCGUUUGAAUGCAAAGGCAAGGGACGGAGCUAAUGACGUAAUGAUCUUCGCUGAAGAUGAAAAUCAUCAGUCAAUCACUUCAUUAUUGCUGCUGCGAUUCCACUACCUACAAGGGCAUGACAGUCAUCCUCAAAAUGUCCUCUUCUACUUCUCCCAAUAAGGGUAAGGGUCCUGAAUCAGCUCCUCCAAGAAUCACAUCCAAUGUCAAGCAGAACUUGCAGUUUUUAAAGUUGUGGAAGGAAUACCAAAAGAGGAAAUCCAAUGUACCUAAGCCUGCAACUAUUUAUAGGAGAAAGAAGGUGCAAAAGGAGGAGCUUCCUCAAGAUAUAGAGCUUUAUCGUGAUCCAACAACGACCCUUUAUUAUACCAACCAGGGUGCAGAGGAUGAUGUCCCUGUAUUGCUCGUUGAUGGUUGCAAUGUAUGUGGCUAUUGGGUGAAGCUGAAGAAGUAUUUUAUGAAAGGAAGGCUUGACACUGCUGGCCUGAAACUAAUUGAUGAACUUAUAAGAGGGGUGAAAGUGGUUGUUGUAUUUGAUGCCAUGAUGUCUGAACUUCCUACACAAGGAAAUUUUUGCUGGCAUCGAUAUAGUUUACUCAGGAGAAUCUUGUGCUGAUGCAUGGAUUGAAAAAGAGGUUGUAGCUCUGAAGGAGGAUGGAUGCCCCAAAGUAUGGGUUGUGACUUCUGAUAAUUGUCAGCAGCAAGCAGCACAUGGCGCG